CGUGCUUAUCAGUGAGUCUGACUGAGAGAUACGGAAAAGGGGAGAAAGAGAGAGAGAGAGAUAGAAGGAUCACUCAGGUGUACUCUGAUACUCUCCCGUUUGCAGAGUAAACUCUGAUCUGGAGAUCCUGCACUCGGCUCUCCGAUGGAGCGGUGGAAAGGCAGAGUGGCGCUCGUGACCGGAGCCUCGAUCGGGAUCGGAGCAGCCAUCGCGCGCACUUUUGUCCAGCAGGGCAUGAAGGUGGUCGGGUGCGCGCGCAGCGUCGAUAAAAUAGAGAAGCUGGCAGCCGAGUGUCAGAGUGCUGGCUACAGCGGCACCCUGAUCCCGUAUAAAUGCGACAUGACUAAUGAAGAGGAGAUCCUUUCCAUGUUCUCCGCUAUUAAGACCUUGCUUCAGGGGGUGGACGUGUGUAUCAACAAUGCUGGCCUGGCACACAGCGAGCCUCUGCUUAGCGGCUGUACUAAGGGGUGGAAGAACAUGCUCGAUGUGAACAUUCUAGCUCUGGCCAUCUGCACACGUGAAGCCUACCAGUCCAUGAGGGAGAGAAAUGUGGAUGAUGGACACAUCAUCAACAUCGGCAGUAUGUCAGGACACAGGGUGCUACACAGUAGUGACAUGCAUUUCUACGCUGCCACCAAAUACGCUGUGACUGCUCUUACCGAGGGGCUCAGACAGGAGCUCAGGGAGGCCAAGACGCACAUCCGUGCCACGUGUAUAUCUCCUGGCUUAGUGGAGACUGACUUUGCCUUCAAACUUCACAAGAAUGAUCCAGAGAAAGCUGCUUCUGUGUAUGAAAGUAUAAAGUGUUUGAAAGCUGAAGACAUAGCCAGCGCGGUCAUCUACGUCCUCAGUGCCCCGCCACAUGUCCAGAUCGGAGACGUGCAGCUGCGGCCAGUGGAGCAGGUGUCCUAGUUACGGAACGGAGGCACACCGAUGGAGAGCAGAGACGACAGAACCAGCAGCAAACAGUGUCUCUCUGGCAACACCUGCUGGACAAACUACAGAAAUAGUUUUAAAACAUGGAAUUGAAGGGGAUUUGUGGGUGGAGUGAAUCUGAAAAUCUGAAGCUGUGUGAGAGGGGACCGGCCCAUAAGAGAGGGAAAUUAAGAAAAAGUUAUGAUUGUUCCAAUUUACACAAAUACUGCUGCCUCGAUAUGAUGGGAAUUUAUUUGGAAAAUGGAACGUGGAAAAUAGAAAAUAGGGCUGAAAACGGUCCCCACUUUUGACCACAAUGCACAGGUUUUUUCUUUUCUUUUCUUUUUUUUUCAGGUCAUAUGACAUAUCUGUUUUGAAAUAAGACAAAAUCACUGUCAACUCAGUGUGCAGCAACAAAAAAGGGUAGGAAACGCUGUUGCAAUUAUAAUGUAUUAGUUCAACUUGUAUAAAGACUUCUAACCCAUUAAUAGUGUUUCAGCUACAUUGAAGUAAUUCGAUACUAUACAGUACUUAGCUAAUAUAUUCCCAUUAAAGUAAAAUAACUUCAUUUUGAAAGUUGUUUAUAAUUUAUAAACUUUAUAAUUCAUCAACUUACGAUUGGGAAAUAUGAUUCAAAUUUUCACAAGCAGUUAUUAGAUGUACUCUAAAAUCCAACGUCUAUCUGCAAUUAUUCUAUAAGGACUUAGCCUUCAUAUACUAGCUGUAACAACCGACAAGCUGCAGUAGUAUAACAGAUGUGUUAUAAGACUUUAUACAAUUGCUUACAAUGCAUUAUAAUUGCGCUGUUAGUGCAUUGAUUAUCGUGUUAUUUUGUAGAAGUAUUCUAACUUUUAGAUUGUAUGUAGAUGUGUUGCUCAUAACGUAUAGCUUUCUGUAAAUUCGUUGAUUUGCAACCAAUCAGGAGACUAAAGUACCUCUGAAGUGCAGAGCCUGAGCUUAUAAAUUGCAUUUGAACAAAUGGUUAAGUGCCCGUGCUUUUUAAAGCCUGCAUCCAGUGCAUGAUUUUUAUCUAACCUGGGAAGGAAUUUGAAUACCUUGAUGUCAUAAGGAUUAUUAUUAUUUUUUUUGCACUUUGGACUUAAAGGGUAAAAACACUGACACCUUUUCCCAGAGACAUGUGACUAACUUUUACGUGUGUGCACAUUUUGAAGAAGCUCUGCCUUUGUUCAUGUGUACAGAUGAGGUACUCUUGUGAACAUAAAUCAGAACGAUUAUUAAUGCUGUGAA